AUGGGUAUCAGCUUCAGAGGCCUCACGUCGGCUGCUUUGGUCAGCAAGACUGACCGCGACGCCAACAUGACUGAGAAGGAUGUCGCUGAUGCUCCGGCUUCUUACGCUGGCCACUCCACCAGCAUGGAUGCGGGUCACCGACCUGUCGAUGAGAAGUUGGGCGCUCCUCGCUCUGAGGAAGAGACCGACGAUGACUCCCUGAACAAGGUCGACGCCACGGUUGAGGCUGGUGUGCGGAAGGCACAGGCUAUGACCUUGGUAUGGACCAAGAAGGAAAUGCUCCUGGCCUAUGUGAACGUAUGGCUUCUCGCCUGGAUCCUUGCCUUCACGUCGAGUAGUAUUUACCUCUUAACGCCUUACGUCACCUCUUCUUUUGAAGCCCAUUCCUUGACCGCGUUAACCAGCGUGAUCUCGAGUCUCGUCGCUGGUAUCUGGAAGCUCCCAUACGCCAAGAUCAUGAACAUUUGGGGUAGGCCAAUGGCUCUCACCAUUGGUAUCAUCAGCUGCGUCAUGGGUCUGGUCAUGAUGGCCGGUUGCAAGAACGUCCAGACGUACUGCGCUGCCAUGACAUUCUGGUCCGCCGGCUUCAACAUGGUUGAUUUCUCCAUCACUAUCUUCGUUGCCGACACUUCCAAGCUUCGUAACCGGGCGUUCUUUCUCGCCUUUGUCGCCUCGCCUUGGCUCAUAACCACAUGGGUUUACCCCCCUGCAAUGGCCCGAGUCCUGGCCGACGGUGGCAUAGGAUUCAAGUGGGGUUUCGGCGUGUUCGCAAUUGUUAUCCCUGUUGUUGCCGCGCCGCUUAUCUGGCUGUUCGUUAAGAACAACAGGAAGGCUCGCGCCCAGGGCCUUGUCCCUGAAGAACCCAGCCGCGGCAGCUUCCUCCAAGCACUCAAGUACUACGUCGUUGAGUUCGACGUUGUCGGUCUGCUGUUGCUGGCCACUGGUCUCGCGCUCUUCCUCUUGGCCUUCAACAUCUACAGCUUCCAGAAAGACACUUGGAAGUCGCCCAUGAUUAUCUGCUUCAUCAUCUUCGGUUUCCUCCUUAUGGUUGCCUUCGGCCUAUGGGAGAAAUAUGGCGCCCCUGUCACCUUUGUGCCGUGGCACCUCCUCAAGAACCGCACUGUUAUCUUCACCUACACCAUGGCCUUCUCGCUCUACGUUGGCUGGUACGUCUGGGAUUCCUACCUCUACUCCAUGCUCGUCGUCGUCUUCAACCAGCCCGUGCUCUAUGCCGGCUACAUCAACAACACGUACACCAUGGGCUCCUGCACCUGCAGUCUGAUCUACGGCGUUGUUCUCCGCUACUACGGCAAACUUAAGGUGUACUCCUUUUUUCUGGGCGUGCCCCUCACCAUCCUCGGCGUCGGUCUCAUGAUCCACUUCCGCCAGCCCGACGUCAACAUCGGCUACAUAGUCAUGUGCCUCAUCUUCAUCGCCUUCGGCGGCGGCAUCCUCGUCAUUUCGGAACAGACCACUCUCAUGACAGUCUCCAAGCAGCAGGACUACCCCGCUCUGCUCGCCACCGAGUCCAUGAUCAUUUCUGUGGGCUCCGCCAUCGGUUCCACUAUCGCUGGUGCCAUCUGGACAGGCGUGUUCCCCGUGCGCCUCUUAGCCAACUUACCUGCCGAGAGCCAGAAGGACUUUGCAGCUAUCUAUGGGGAUCUCGAUGUCCAGAGUUCGUACCCACUCGGUAGCCCGACACGUGAUGCGAUCAACCUCAGCUACGGCCAGGCGCAGCGCUACAUGCUCAUCUCCGGGACGUGCAUUUACCUUAUCACUUGGGUGAGUGUCGCGCUUUGGCAGAACGUGGAUGUCAAGAAGACAAAGCAGAGGACCGUCGGCCUGUUGUAG